AUGGUAUUCUCAAGCCUUGAUGAUUGUUAUUCAAUGUAUGUUAAGUAUGCCAAGGAGUGUGGGUUUUCAGUCAGGAAAGGGACUACAAAGACAAACUCUAAAGGUGUCUUACAUAUUAAGUAUUUCUUGUGUACGAGAGCUGGGGUAUAUAAGGACAAGAAGGUUGAUACGUUGCACCCCAAUCAAAAGGAGCGAGUAGUGCGAUCUAACUUUUCAAAGAGGACUGAUUGUGGUGCACUGUCAUGUGUACUUUUUGAGGAUGGAUCUUGGAAGGUGUAUAAGUUUGUCGAGGAGCACAAUCAUGAACUUGUUAAACGUCCUGAUAAGCAUUUUCUUCCAACUGAACGACACCUCACUCAGCUCCAGAAGCAUGUUAUACACAGCAUGUCUAAGCUGAAUUUAGGUCCUGUCAAGGCGUUUAAUGUUAUGAAGACUUGUUUUGGCGGUUUUGAAGACGUGGGUGCAAGCAAAGUUGAAUUUAAGAACUAUAAGAGAUACUAUAUGGUGUUUGUACCGUUCACUGGUAUAGACAAUCAUCACUGCAAUGUUACAUUUGGUGCAACAUUAUUAGCGUCGGAAACUGCUGAUAUGUAUAUUUGGUUGUUAAGAGUUUUUCUAAAAGCUGUUGGUUCUCAACCAAAAGUUGUUGUCACUGACCAAGAUCCAGCGAUGAAGAAGGCUAUUUCUGUUGUAUUUGUUGACACGAGGCAUCGAUUAUGCAUGUGGCAUGUGAUGCAUAAACUUUCUCUGAAGGUUGGUGUUAGGCUAUGCAAUUCCACCAAUUUUAAAGAACGUAUUUGUGGUGUUGUGUGGACGGAUAUUCUCACACCUGAAGAGUUUGAAUCAGAAUGGGAAGCGGUUAUCACAGAAUUCAAUUAG